CACCUUUGAGCAGUUCAUGGAGAAGGCCUCGGGUCAACUCCUGGCUCUGGAAGCUGGUCAGAGGAAUACACAGGCUGUUUUGCAGGAUAUGCAGACCCAGCUGGGGAGCGUGGCCCAGGCAGUGGCUCAAAGGGCUCCUGAUACUCUACCAGGGCAGACCAUCCCUCACCCGCCGACCCCGAAUGAGCGCUGCAAUGCCAUCAUGACCAGGAGUGGCAAGAUGACUGUUGAUCCCCCUGCUCGGGAACCGGAGAAAGAAAGCCCUGUCUUAGCGGCUCCAGCGGUUGAACAGGAAGUAGAGAAGGAAGUUGAGGUGCCUGCACCUAAACCGCAACCAGUAGUGAAGGAGUAUGUCCCUAAACUCCCUUUCCCUACUCGGUUGCACAAAGACAGGCUGGAGGCAGAGUUCGAGAACUUCAUGGCCAUGCUUAAGAAGCUGAAUGUCCAAGUGCCCUUCCUGGAGGCACUAUCGCAAAUGCCAAAGUAUGCGAAGUUUCUGAAAGAGCUUCUCUCAAAGAAGCAGAAGCUGAGUGAGCUGGCCACGGUAGAGCUCAGCGAGGAAUGCUCGGCUAUUCUGCAAAACAAGCUUCCGCAGAAGAAGAAGGACCCAGGUAGUUUUACUAUCCCGUGCUCUAUUGAUAAAUUGCAUGUAGAGAAGUCCUUGGCGGAUUUAGUUGCUAGUAUCAAUGUUAUUCCAUAUAAAUUGUUCAUGAAACUAGGCCUAGGUGAACCCCGUGCUACUAGGAUGACCCUUCAAUUAGCUGACAGAUCUGUAGUGCAUCCUAGGGGUAUAGUGGAAGACCUUCUGGUUAAGGUUGGCAAAUUCACAUAUCCCGUGGAUUUUGUUAUCUUGGACAUCAGUGAGGACACAGAAGUGCCUCUUAUACUGGGAAGGCCUUUCCUGGCCACCGCCAAGGCUCUCAUAGAUGUGCAUGAUGGGACCUUAGUUUUGAGGGAUGGCGAGGAGCGAAUAACGUUUUCCGUUGCUGAUACUAUACCUGCUUCGUCACCUCUGCAUGCUGUAUCUCACCAGGAGCACGAGUCUGUCGUGUAUCCUUCUGUGCUGCCCAUUUUGCAGGAACCGCCUCCCACACCUUCGCCGCCACUCCGGACCACUCCGUCACCCAAAGAACAGAUCAAGGAGGAGUGGCGGCCGAAACUGCAGGCAGCUAAGCCUGCUCGAAAGAAAGCUGGAGACCACUAUGACCUGGUCCUGCCCCCUCCUUGGCCAUCCGAGUAUUCACUCGCUUGCAUCCUACCGGAUGGCCAAGUCGAGCUGGCGAAUGCAGGUGGCCACAUUCAUCGCGUGCAUGGCCACCAUUUGAAGCUGUACCUCAAGAGCGAUGUGGAUCCGCUCUUGAAGGCACCUGAUCCUACACUUCCCUGAGCAUCCAUACUGGCGUCCAGCUAAAAGACGGUAAAGAAGCGCUUGUGGGGAGGCAACCCCACUGAGGUUUGCAUUUUCUUACUCUUUUUCCUUUGAUUUUGUGUGUUUUUGAGUCUUGAGACGUUGAUCCAGAGUCCAGUGUCGUUUUUGAGUGAAAACAUGUUGAUUUCGGGACUCCAACAAGUCGCACGGCCAGGACCACAACUUGCACGGCCGUGCGGGCUCCCCCCUUGGCCGUGCGAGCUCUCGGCCAAAAGCGCACGGCCAAAAGCGCUUAU